AUGCAGCUCCCAAGUAAGCCGUCCAGCAAACCAGAAAAGCAAAUGUUAACUCGUGCAGACCGACACAACGCUUUACACGACAUUGUCGACAGAUAUCGCCCCGAUUUACAGCAAUACGAGUCUGUCUAUCGCAAAAUACACAGCGCCCCAGAGCUCGCGGGGCAGGAAAAGGAGACAUCCUCGCUCGCUGCAAGCCAUCUCCAGCGCCUAGGCUACGAAGUCCAUACCAACAUUGGCGGAUACGGAGUCGCAGGCGUUCUGCACAAUGGACCCGGUUCCACAGUGCUUCUCCGUGCAGACAUGGACGCCCUUCCGCUGGAAGAGAAGACAGAUCUGCCAUACGCAAGUCACCGAAUCAUCAAGAACAAGGCAGGUGCCGAAGUACCUGUCAUGCAUGCCUGCGGCCAUGAUACCCACGUUGCAGGUCUAAUGGGUAGCGCCGAGCUUCUCCAUUCCGCACGAGACCACUGGUCGGGGACCCUGGUACUCAUCUUCCAGCCUUCAGAGGAAGAAUUAUCUGGUGCCCAGGCAAUGCUAGACGACGGGCUAUACGACAAAGUCCCGAAGCCGGAUGUUGUCCUCGCGCAGCACGUUAUGCGCAUGAAAGCCGGAACGGUUGGCAUACGAGCAGGUCGAUUGUUAACUGCCUCGGACGCUUUUGACGUGCGUAUCUUCGGUCGCGGAGGCCACGGCUCGUCGCCCCAUACUUGUAUCGAUCCGAUUGUGAUUGGUGCGUCUAUUAUUACCCGUUUACAGACCAUCGUCAGUCGAGAGAUCACACCGGGCGAAUUAGCCAUCGUUACGUGCGGCAGCAUCCAAGCAGGUUACGCUCCGAAUAUUAUCCCGGACGAAUGUAACCUACAGCUGAGCGUUCGAUCCUACGACCCCAAGGUCCGCGAGCGUCUCAAUACAUCUAUCAAACGCAUCAUCGAAGCAGAAUGUGACGCAUCAGACGCACCGAAGAAACCAGUCAUUAAACAUACAUUCACGGCCCCAGCCACCAUCAACGACGAAAAGACCGUCAAGUCUCUCCUGAGGACAUUCGGAUCUUACUUUGGAAGUAAUCUCGUUGAAGUCGAACCUGCGGCUGCAAGCGAGGACUUUUCGCUCCUGGCCACGGCCGUUGGGGCGCCGUAUGUCAUGUGGAAUUUCGGGGGUAUUGACACAGAGGUCUGGGAUGAUGCUGUGAGACAGGGUAAACGCGACGAGCUGCCGGGGAACCACUCGCCGUUCUUCGCGCCUGCAGUAGAACCGACGAUCGUUACGGCGGUUGAUGCUAUGGCUUUAGGGGCAUUAACGUUUCUGGCGCGGGACGCUUGA